CCGCUGACCCGGAAGCUGAUUUGUCGAUUGUUAAAACGAAAUAUUUUCCGCUCUGGGUUUGUGUGAGAUUCACCCGAAAAAGAAAGGUGGAAACGUGGGGGUUUUGUGUGUAAUUAAACGCUAAAAGCAAACGCGAAAGAAGACAAGAGUGGGAUUGUGUCUAAAGCCAAAAGGAAAAGACAUGGACUCUCCAAGCAGAAGUCCAGCUCCCAAAGAACACAAUGGAGAAUCCGACGAGGUCUCUGGGCCACAGCAGACUUCCUCUGCUCCCAGAAGUCCUGAAGAAGAAGAAAAAGGAGAAGCAAAAGUUGACCAAUCAGGCAGCGAAGCCUCCAGCAGCUCAGAGAGCAGCAGUGAAGAUGAACACAAUGUAGCCAUGAGGAAGAUCAGGAGCAGCGUGGCUCAGAUCACAAGAUCCAAAUCCAGGUCCAGGUCCAGGGAACAAGAUAUGCCUGAAGCUGGAGAGCAGAACAAAUCCAACUCUGUGGAGAGGGACAGGUCCAAAUCAAGAUCCAGGGAGCAUGAAAGAUCAAGGUCCAGAAGCCGAGACAGGUCCAGGUCCAGGGGACGAGACAGGUCCAGGUCCAGGGGACGAGACAGGUCCAGGUCCAGGGGACGAGACAGGUCAAGGUCCAGGGGACGAGACAGAUCCAGGUCCAGGGGACGAGACAGAUCCAGGUCCCGGGGACGAGACAGAUCAAGAUCCAGAGAGCGGGACAGGUCUAGAGAGCGUGAUCGGGACCGACAACAUUCCAACAGAGGACGCAACACACGGGAUCGCUACAUGGGUCGGCAUGACGACGGAGAUCACCGCUCUGAUAACCACAGGAGCCGCGGUCGUGGCCUCUCCCCAGCAGCCAACGAGCCUCCAGUCAAGAAGAAGAAGGAGGAGCUGGACCCCAUCCUCACCAGGACUGGCGGGGCUUAUAUCCCCCCUGCCAAGCUACGCAUGAUGCAGCAGCAGGUCACGGACAAGAGCAGCCUGGCCUAUCAGAGAAUGAGCUGGGAGGCUCUGAAGAAGUCCAUCAAUGGUCUGAUCAACAAAGUCAAUGUGUCCAACAUCGUCAACAUAAUCCAGGAACUCCUGCAGGAGAACAUUGUCAGGGGGAGGGGUCUGCUGGCCCGCUCCGUACUGCAGGCUCAGGCGGCGUCACCCAUCUUCACUCAUGUGUACGCUGCCGUUGUGUCCAUCAUCAACUCCAAAUUCCCUCAGAUUGGAGAACUUAUUCUCAAACGCCUCAUCCUGACCUUCAGGAGGGGCUACCGCCGUAAUAUCAAGCAACAAUGUCUUACCUCGUCCAAGUUUGUGGCUCACCUCAUCAACCAGAAUGUGGCCCACGAGGUCUUGUGUCUAGAGAUGCUGACGCUGCUGUUGGAGCGGCCUACUGACGACAGCGUGGAGGUGGUCAUCGCUUUCCUCAAGGAAUGUGGCCUCAAACUGACCGAGGUCUCUCCCCGUGGAAUAAACGCCAUAUUUGAGCGUCUCCGCAACGUCCUCCAUGAGUCGGCCAUUGACAAGCGGGUCCAAUACAUGAUUGAGGUGAUGUUUGCCAUCAGGAAGGAUGGCUUCAAGGACCACCCUGUUAUCCCAGAGGGUUUGGACCUGGUGGAUGAGGACGACCAGUUUACACACAUGCUGCCGCUGGAUGACGACUACAACACAGAAGAUGUCCUCAAUGUUUUCAAGCUUGACCCAAACUUCCUGGAAAAUGAGGAGAAGUACAAAACGCUGAGGAGAGACAUCUUGGAUGAAGGCAGCAGUGAUUCUGGCGAGGAGGGAGAUGGCAGUGAGGAUGACGACGACGAUGAUGACGACGACGAUGAGAAGCAGGAGGGUGAAGACGAGAAGGUGACCAUCUUUGAUCAGACUGAGGUCAACCUGGUAGCCUUCAGGAGGACUAUCUACCUUGUCAUCCAGUCCAGUUUGGACUUUGAGGAAUGUGCUCACAAGCUAAUCAAGAUGGACUUCCCUGACAGUCAGACGAAGGAGCUUUGCAACAUGAUCCUGGACUGUUGCGCUCAACAGAGGACCUACGAGAAGUUCUUUGGCCUGUUGGCAGGGAGGUUCUGCCUGCUGAAGAAGGAGUACAUGGAGAGCUUUGAAGCCAUCUUUGCAGAGCAGUAUGAAACCAUUCACAGACUAGAGACCAACAAGCUGAGGAACGUGGCACGACUCUUUGCUCACCUCUUCUACACUGACUCUAUUCCCUGGAGUGUGUUGGAGUGUAUCAAGAUCAGCGAAGAGACCACCACGUCAUCAAGCAGGAUCUUUGUCAAGAUUCUAUUCCAGGAACUAUGUGCCUAUAUGGGCCUUCCCAGACUCAAUCAGCGGCUCAAAGAUAUGACUCUGCAGUCGUUCUUUGAAGGUCUUUUUCCUCGUGAUAAUCCCAGGAACACUCGUUUUGCUAUCAACUUCUUCACGUCCAUUGGUUUGGGUGGACUGACGGACGAGUUGAGGGAACAUCUGAAGAAUGCCCCAAAGAUGAUUAUGACCCAGAACCAGGAAGUGGAAUCAUCAGACUCAUCUUCCUCAGGCUCAUCUUCUUCGUCCUCUGACUCCUCCUCCUCGGACUCCUCCAGUGAAUCGGAUUCUUCAGACUCGUCAUCCAGCAGCAGCAGCAGCAGCAGCAGCAGCAGCUCAGACUCCAAGCGCAAGAAGAGGAGGAAGAAAGGACAAAGUGAAAAGACGGAGAAGGUAAAGAGGAAGAAGAAGAGUUCCGACCAGCGCCAGCCGCCCACAAGCCGCAAAGGCCACGACAGGCAGGAUAGGAAGGGCCGAACACGUGAUAAUGACGAGGAAGAUGAACGAGAGCGCCGAACACGUGAUAAUGACAAGGAGGAACGUGAACGAGAGCGCCAUCACCACCGCAGCAACAGUAGCAGCAGGCAAGACGACAGGAGGAGGGAAAACCAGGAGGAUGACAAGGACAGGCGGAAAAAGGAACGCGAGGGCUGGAAGAAAGCCGAGGAGUGGGGGAGACAGGGAGAUAGAAGGGGGAGGGAUGAGGACAGGAACAAGAGAGAAGGGGAGAAAAAUAAGGAGAACAGAGACGGGAACAGAGAGGAUAGAAGAAGGAGAUGAAGACUGGCGAGUGUUUCUAAUGCUCAUUUUUAUCUGAGAAAACAAACAUUAAAGUUGUCAUUUUUCAAUGCUUUGUUUCUUUUUUUUAACUUCCUUUCUUUUCGGAAGUCCCAGCAGCCAUCUUGUCCCCCAGUGGACUCUGACGUGCGCCUGCUGUUUAGUAGUGCAACACAGUGACCUGGAUGUCUGCAUGUAAACAGACAGGUGGGAACUCUUAAAACUAGA